GGGCAGGAGGACCCAGAACCCACACAGAUUAAAGAGGAACAGGAGGAACUCCGGACCAGUCAGGAGGAAGAGCAGUUUCAAGGGCUUGAGGCAGAUACCAUAGAGAACAUAUUCAUUCCUGUCUGUGUGAAAAGUGACCGUGAUGAGGACCCAACUCAGCUCGCACAUCUCUAUCAAGCCCAAAAGGAAGGAAACGGAGAGAGAGACACUUUACCCAAUAUUACAACUGAACAGAUCAAAACAGAACCUGAUGGAGAGGACUACAGAGAAUCAGAAGCAACCAGUGUCUCUCAGCCUUUCUCUGCUGUAAAUCUAGACUGUUCUGCAGCUCAGAGUGAAAACAGUCAAAGUGUCAGUGGUAUGGAGACAGGAGGACCUCCACCAGGUUUUAAGCCAGUCAUAUCAAAGAUGGUAAAAGGACAAAGCUCCCAUAUCAAUACUAAGGGUAAGAAUUCCACACAGUUAUCCCUCCUGAAAUCACCCAGUCAAAGUCAUGCUACUCCCUGUUGUUGUAAGGUGUGUUGUAAGUCUUUUCAUCACAUGGGUUCAUUAAUUAAACACGUGCAAACUCAUAGAAAGGAUAAAGAAAGUAUUUGUGGUGUGUGUGGAAAAUGUUUUCAGUCCACAGAAAGUAUGAAAGGUCACCUAAAAACUCACAUUGCAGCUAGGUUUUGUUGUGAUGUUUGUAGUAAAGGGUUCAGCAAGAACAGUGAGCUGAUAGUGCACAUGAGGAUUCACACAGGGGAGAGUCCAUAUCAUUGUUGUCAUUGUGGCAAAGCAUUCAAACAGAAUGGAAAUCUAAAAAUACACAUGAGGACCCACACAGGGGAGAAAUCGUAUAUCUGUCCUGAUUGUGGCAAAGGAUUCAGCAUUGCCAGUAAUCUGAAAGUGCACACGAGGACUCACACGAGAGAGACCAUACUGAUGUCUUCAUAGUAGAAGUGCAUUUCCCAAUCAGGUACAUUAAAUAACAAUCAAAGAUGCACCAAGGAAUCACUGUAUAGGUGCAAUGAUUGCAGGAGUUCUCAAAAUGAUGGAACUACAAAGUUACAUGAACAACCGUCACCAGGGGAGAACACAUGACAGUGUGCUGUUUGGGAAAAGGUCUGGAGACAGAAGAUUGAGAGUCACAUUCUAACUUACACCUGUGAGAGGAGAUGCCCUUUAGGACACUAUUUUUUAAAUUUUAUUUUACCCUUAUUUUACCAGGUAAGGUGACUAAGAACACAUUCUCAAUUACAGCAACGACCUGGGGAAUUGUUACAGGGAGAGGAGGGGGGAUGAAGGAAGCUGGGGAUGAUUAGGUGGCCAUGAUGGUAUGAGGCCCAGGCUUGGGUGAAUACAAUAUGACUGAAUUACUGCUUGACCAUAAAGAACUCCCCAUCACUGUCUAACAGAGAGCAGUUUGUGGAUUUCUGAGCAACAGGAGUCCCUGCUCAUUAGUUAUAGGAUGACAAAGACAUGUUAAACUAUGUCCUCCUUUUUUACAUAAAACAUGUUUUUGUUUUUAGAGUGAAAAUGUAUUGUUAAUGUAGCAGAAUUCAAUAUUUUAUCUGUUCUGAUGUUCACAUAGUUUUCCCAAUAUCAGUUACUUUGUGCUUAUGUUUCCUCAAGUGUCCUCAGGAGCUGAAAGAUUCCUACCAUUUUUGUUAUUACCUCUGAGUUUGAUGUCUGUAUACAUUUUUAUUUCGUUUUCCAUGUUUUGACAAACAUUAAGAAAAAUGUUAUGAGAUCAAGUGGACCCAUUCGUAUAAAUGAGCCUUCUGUAAUGUUUUAUAUCUACACAGAAUAAAUGUUUAUAACACGUGCA